AAGGGGUGUGUGAGAAAUGCAUCCAGCUCGAAUGAAUUUCAUCGCCAGUGGACUGCUGUGAGGUCACGACAGCGCAAGGACCUUAUCAUGUAGGACUGCAGAAGUGUGUGUAGGGAUCGUAAGUGGGUCGUGAUGGUUUCGGACAUGAGGGGAAAUCAUCCUCUUCAUCCUCAUCAUCUUCAUCCUCACCAUCAUGCAACCAUCUAGUGGGCAAGCGCCGCUCGCGCAGGUUAACGGCUCUCUCGGGAUCUCUAGCCCAAUGGAUCAGUGCGGACUGUACGAUGGAGUGUUUUUCUGUCCUCUCCGGUCCCAGCUGCUCUCUCUGAUCGGACAGGCUGCUCUAUUUGUUCCACAUGUCAAAUGAAGGCAUCUGGGACGGAACGACGGACGUAUGGUCACUUCUCCCCGGUUUGGCGUAAACAAACAAACAAACCCCGCACAAUUGCAGCUUCACAGUAAACAUUCCCAUCUACUAAUAAGGAAAACGAGGAAUGCCAGUACCACAUGCAGAGCUAAUUCCCAGUGCUGUAGGGUUUAUAUCCCAUGAUGCUUUUGAUUGCGCAGGGACCUGAUCCUAAUGAAUAUAUUGCAUGUUUAAUUCUUUUCCGGUCUCUGAAUUAGGGCUGUUUGCAAUUUAUUGUUAUUAUUUUAAAAGUUGUGUUUUUAGACGUUUAUUUCUGGAACUUGCUAUGUUAGUAACAUCAUAAUCUUCUGUAUAAAGGGGAUAUUAUGAAAAGAAGACUUUCCCAGGGAUUGCUUACGUAAAAACAUUGGUUUGGUUUUUAUUCAGCUGGAUUUGAAACCAUCUAAGUAAGAUGCACACGAUUGCUUUUUUUUAUUUUCUAUUUUUUAUAAAUCCGAUGUAAACAUCCUGAAAAGCCGAGAGAAACGCGGCCUGUUUUUAUGAACAUCCCUGAUCCUGAGCAGACUCUAGUGGGUUUGUUGUGUAGAAGUGUGGCGCGUGCUUUAAAUCUCAUAUGCCGAAAUCAUGUCCAGGUCGAACAGUGUGAGUCCACCGGGCGUGGGAGCGCCGGUCCUGAGGAUAGGACACGAGCACAGAUCGGCCUGGGCCGAGGCCCUCUCGAACGGAUGUCCAUACUCGGCUAGGUCGAACAGAAAGCUAACGCGCACCAGCAGCCGCUGGAGGAGGGAGGAGGAAGACGAGGAGGAGGAGGAGGAGGAGAAGAAGAUUGCUGAGCACCAGGCGGGACGCUCGAGCUCCGUGGUGGCCCGGGUCAGUUUCAGGUCCAAGUCUGCGUGGCAAGAGAGCGGCGUCAAGCAUGAGCGCUCAUCACCGCGUCACGCCAUUGAAGAAGUGAGACCCAAGUCGGUGGAACUAGGCUUGGAGGAACGGGCAAGGACCAAGUACAAGGCGGAGGAGGAGGCGCUCGCGCCCGACGUCGCCUUCUCCUUUGGCGCGUGCUGCCGCGGCGCCAUGCACGUCUUCAAGUCCAAGAAGUUCCAGUCUGAGAAGCUGGAGAGGCUGUACCAGCGCUACUUUUUCCGCCUGAACCAGAGCUCACUGACCAUGCUAAUGGCCGUGCUGGUGCUCGUGUGCGCCGUCAUGCUCGGCUUCCACUGCGCCUCGGGGCCGUACCACCUUUCUUACGUGGUCGUGUUCUCAGCGUCCAUCACACUCGUGCUCGCGCUCAUGGUGGCGUGCAACCGCACCGGUUUCCACCAGGACCACAUGUGGGUGGUGUGCUACGUCGUGAUCGCGGCCGUGCUGCUGGUGCAGGCGGUCGGUGUGGUGCUGGUGCAGCCGCGCAGCGCCUCGGAAGGCGUGUGGUGGACCGUGUUCUUCAUCCACGUCGUGUACACGCUGCUGCCCGUGAGGAUGCGCGCUGCCGUCAUCACCGGACUCACGCUCGCCGCUAUUCACGUGCUGGGCUCCUGGAAACUCAACGAGUCGGACCCAUUUUUAUGGAAGCAGCUUGUGGCCAACGUGCUGAUCUUCUCCUGCACCAAUAUAGUCGGGGUGUGUACACACUACCCAGCAGAAGGCUCACAGAGGCAGGCCUUCCAGGAGACAAGAGAAUGCAUUCAGGCCCGUCUGCACUCCCAGAGAGAAAACCAACAGCAGGAACGCCUCCUCCUCUCCGUGCUUCCCCGCCAUGUUGCCAUGGAGAUGAAAGCCGACAUAAAUGCCAAGCAGGAGGAUAUGAUGUUUCACAAGAUCUACAUCCAGAAGCACGACAAUGUGAGUAUCCUCUUUGCCGACAUCGAGGGAUUCACCAGUCUGGCGUCUCAGUGCACAGCUCAGGAACUGGUCAUGACCCUGAAUGAGCUGUUUGCAAGAUUCGACAAACUGGCUGCAGAAAAUCACUGUCUGCGGAUUAAAAUCUUAGGAGAUUGCUACUACUGCGUAUCGGGCUUGCCAGAGGCCCGAGCUGACCACGCUCACUGCUGUGUGGAGAUGGGAGUGGACAUGAUUGAGGCCAUCUCAUUGGUGAGGGAAGUCACUGGUGUCAACGUGAACAUGAGAGUGGGGAUCCAUAGCGGCCGAGUCCACUGUGGGGUCUUGGGUUUGAGAAAGUGGCAGUUUGACGUCUGGUCCAAUGAUGUUACGCUGGCAAAUCAUAUGGAGGCAGGAGGAAAAGCAGGCCGUAUCCACAUAACUAAAGCUACUCUGAACUAUCUGAAUGGUGACUAUGAUGUGGAGCCUGGCUUUGGUGGAGAAAGGAAUGUCUAUCUGAGGAAGCACAACAUCGAAACGUUCCUCAUAGUGGGAUGCAGCCAGAAGAGGAAAGAAGAAAAGGCCAUGAUUGCCAAGAUGAAUCGUCAGCGGACAAACAGCAUCACCCACAACAGCUCACACUGGACCGACCGGCCAUUUUAUAACCACCUGGCGGGCAACCAGGUUUCCAAAGAAAUGAAGAGAAUGGGAUUUGAAGACCCCAAGGACAAACAUUUCAUUUUCAGAAAUACUCAGGAAAACCUGAACCCUGAGGACGAAGUGGACGAGUUUUUGGGCCGUGCCAUUGACGCUCGCAGCAUUGACCGUCUGCGCUCUGAACACGUCAAGAAAUUCCUGCUGACCUUCCGUGAGCCUGAUCUGGAGAAGAAGUAUUCGAAGCAGGUGGAUUCCCGUUUCGGAGCAUAUGUAGCCUGUGCCACUCUUGUCUUCUUGUUCAUCUGCUUCAUCCAGCUUGUAGUCGUACCACCCUCCAACCUGAUGAUCGGAUUCUACAUGUCAUGUUUCAUCGUUCUCAUGGUCGUUAUGUUCGUUUCAGUCAUUUACUCCUGUUUUGGGCUUUUCCCAGUGCCCCUGCAGCACCUGUCCAAAAAGAUUGUCCAGUCCAGACUCAACAGCACUCUGGUGGGCGUCAUUACCAUUGUGCUAGUCUUUCUCUCUGCCUUCAUAAACAUUUUCACCUGCAGCACAGAUGAUCUGAAGUUGUGUUUGAGCCAAGAGUUUAAUAUCAACCGGAGCAGUGUGAACGCCUGCCAUGUGCGCAGCUCUGCCUUUAACUACUCGCUGUCGUCCCAGAAGCACCUCUGCCACAGCUCCUUACCCACCUGCAACUUCCCUGAGUAUUUCUCGUCAUGUGUACUGCUCAGCCUUCUGGCAUGCUCUGUAUUCCUGCAAGUCAGCAGCAUUGGGAAGCUCUUCCUCAUGCUCUUCAUUGAGAUUCUGUAUGUCCUUAUCAUGGAGGUACCCGAGGUCAACCUGUUCGACAACGUGGACCUGCUGGUGAUGGCCAACGCCAUUCAGAACGUCAGUGGAACAAGCUGCGGGACAGACAGGGUGCCCCUGAAGAUCAUGACGCCAGUGGUCAUCACCGUUUUUGUACUGGCUCUCUACUUACAUGCUCAGCAAGUGGAAUCCACUGCCAGGCUGGACUUCCUAUGGAAGUUACAGGCCACAGAGGAAAAAGAAGAAAUGGAGGAGCUUCAGGCGUACAAUCGGCGUCUCCUACACAACAUCCUCCCUAAAGAUGUGGCUGCUCAUUUCCUGGCUCGGGAGCGAAGAAAUGACGAGCUCUACUACCAGUCAUGCGAGUGCGUGGCCGUCAUGUUCGCCUCUAUCAGCAAUUUCUCCGAGUUCUACGUCGAGCUGGAGGCCAACAACGAGGGCGUAGAGUGUCUGAGGCUUCUCAACGAGAUCAUCGCUGACUUCGAUGAGAUCAUCAGUGAGGAUCAGUUUCGUCAGCUGGAGAAAAUCAAGACUAUCGGAAGCACGUAUAUGGCCGCAUCUGGCCUGAACGACUCCACCUACGAUAAGGUCGGCCGCUCACACAUUCGUGCUCUGGCUGACUACGCCAUGCGUCUCAUGGACCAGAUGAAGUACAUCAACGAGCACUCCUUCAAUAACUUCAAAAUGAAGAUUGGUCUUAACAUGGGUCCAGUAGUGGCUGGAGUAAUAGGGGCUCGUAAACCCCAGUAUGACAUCUGGGGCAACACCGUGAACGUAGCCAGUCGCAUGGACAGCACGGGAGUUCCUGAAAGAAUACAGGUUACCAGUGACCUCUACCAGGUCCUCCAUUCCUAUAACUACUCACUGGAAUGCAGAGGAGUUGUCAAAGUCAAAGGCAAGGGAGAAAUGAUGACUUAUUUCCUGAAUGGUGGCCCGAGCAGCAGUUAACAGAAACCUGUCUCUUACAGCCAUGACACUAAAGACAUGAAGUAGCUUGACGUGUUAAUAGAAAGCAAGAUGCUGAGCAUCAGGGUGUCUUUGCUCUGUCUAUAGAGACAGAGGAAUCGUUGAAAGAUGGCUCAUGGAGCAUUUUGACCUUUCCACAUAUUAAAGCCUAAAUAGAGGAAAUCCUCAUGGGUUGAAGGUCAAGUCUGUUCACAUCCACCGAAAUAUCAUCACUAGAAGAGACCAAAGAAAAGCAAAGGAAUCUCAGAAACGCAAGGCGGUUCACCUGUUCAGACUUUUCUCCUUGUGGGAGAGGGUGAAUGCUCGGACCCUGACUAGAGGCCGUCCUCGAAAUGACAAAACUGUCUGACGUCACUGAAUUUGGAAAGUAGGCAGAUGUUUUUAUGUGUAUAUGAUGCAUCUAUGAUCUUUGGGAAGCAAUCUAUGUUCUCACAAGUCUCCUGAUCCUCACACACUGAUCCUCCGGAUCCUCACACGCUUAAACAUGCUGGCGCAGCAACAGCAUAUUACACACCCGUCUCUUGGCCAGCGCUGGUGGACUGUGGUGGAUACCAGUAAGGAGAACUGACAGUAUUCUGUGUCUCGCUACUUCAGAAUGAGACUGCUCUGUUUUGGGUGUGUGUUGACCCCAACACACACACACAUAGACACACACACACACACACAAAUGUAGACAGAAAAGUGUUUUUCACAGAAGAAAAUGCACACCCACUUACUGAACUGAAGACACUCCGGAGGAUAGAAAUAACGGUCAAAACCUGCGUUUAUUUUGUAUCUUUGAGAUUUUGUAUUUUGUCUCAAAAAACCAAACCUUAUCAAAGCUAUUUUAGAUUCUAUAUUUUGUACAUUAAUAUAUUAGAGCGAUGUCUAUAAAAACAAAAAAAAAGAGGUGUGUAUUCAGAUGUAUAUAUCUAAAGAAAAUUGCAACAAUCAUGUAUAUUUUAAUGGGGAAGUUCAUUUUCUUUCACCUUUACUCUCCUUUUGCAUUGAAGCAGGUUCACAACAAAUUCUUUAAAAACAAACAAACAAAAAAAAAGAGUGAGCGAGAACGAGAGUCUUUUUAUCCUACAGUGUGUUUCACAGUAGAAAAAUCGCAGGAGUUUCCCACAGCCAACACUGAUUUAAGUUAAUGAAACGUUGUUAAAGCAGUACAGAUCAGACCUUGCACUCUAUAGUAAGAGUUUAUGUAUUAAGUGGGGAUGUAGUUGAUGCCCCACACCUCUUUGGCCAUUCUUGCACUGCACCUCUGCCUUUCUUAAUGUGUCAUACACUGCUUCCCCCUCCCAGCUCAAUCAGAUGGUACGACCCAAUGAAUGUUCAAUUUCUCCAGUGAGGCCUUCAUAUGUACAGAACUAAACAUCAGUACCAUGCUCAUCAGGAGUCCUUUAGGCAUGUGUUUUAUUUAUUUCAGCUGGAAGGGUUCUUCAGUGUGUUUUUGCCAAGUACAGGUAAAUACUUGCCAAAUUUAUCCAAUUUGAUAUCUUUUAAUGAAGAAAUCGAGUGAGGAUGCUAGUUGAUAUCAGUCUUUAUGAAUUGUCUGUUACAGCAUGUGCACUCUCAGGUUUUCACCUGGAAGAACGGUAAACUGUUUGGGAAUAGAAUUUUUUUUUUUUUUUGGACAUCGAGUCACAACUUGAGUCACUACUGUGUGGGGCAUCAAAUAUUAAUUUCUCUUUGCAGGGGAAAAAAUGCAGUGCCAUAUAUUUACUGUCACUUUGUGAACACCCAAAAAAAGAGAAGCUACAGUGAUGUCAACAUUGUAUGUUUUGAUAUUUUCUGUUUUAUUUUAAUGUUUAACGUGUUGGAGGCUGUCGGAUCCUGGUGAACGCAGGUUCAGCUCGGUUAACCCUCCUGUUAUGUUCAGUUUCCAGGUCAGAUCGUCCCGAAUUACAUCUGUUGACCAAAAAAUUGUCAUAUAGUGUAACUUCAUUUCAAUAGAUUCUAUUUUUAAUAUUUUUUUUUUUUUCACAACGCCAUGAUAUGACUUUUUUUUUUUUUAUUGGACCCAUCAAAGAUUAGUUAUCUUUAAUAAUUCAUAACCACAAAAACUUUUAUUAGAAGAAUAUGUGAACAACUAUGAACAAAUGUAAUCAUCUCUGUGAGUGUGGCAACAUGUCACUGUUAGUCGCUAUGUUUGUGUGCAUGCAUUUGUGGGAGAGACGGACAGACUCGAUGGAUUUAUGUCAGAAGGAGAAUGUGCCUCAAUCCUUUUACCUCUCCCUGCCAUCUUAUUGUCACAUGUGCAAAUAAUCUGUUCUUGCAUGGGGAUUCCUAUAGUUGCUGUAAUAUUUGCAUUUUCCAUUCCUGUACUGUAAAGUUACUGAGGUUGAAUAGGGUGAUGGAGGAGCUGGGCGGGAGUGUUUUUGGAGGAUAAAAUUAAUAAUGAAGGGAGAACUUUAAAAAAAAGAAAGAAAGA